AUGUCUUCUGUACAUAUAUCGUCCGAACGAGUCUGGGGUAAUUAUCAAUUACGGCAUCAUGCCAUGACGGGCAAUCUCGAUGAAGCCAUUCGUAUUGGAUUCGAUGGCAGGAUGGAGGGUAUGGGCCAGGUAUGCGUGGCUCUUAAGCGCCACAUCAUCGUUGGUCGUGAGCGAGGCGAAAAGUACAAGGAAGGCUUCGUCAAGCUCGUCAGCGGCAUGAAGGCCGGCGAUCCUCGAGACAGGUCUACCACCAUCGGGCCUCUGUUCGCUGAAUCGGUGCACAAAGUCUUCAGAAGCUGGGUGAGCUUGGAUUUCACGAAUUUGUCAACAAGAAGACGAUUCGUGUGCACGAAAUGUAUCUCUAAGGUCAAGAAGAGGUAGGUAUUGUACGAUAGGUCUAAGGUGAAUUUGCGAUAUUAGGAGACAG